UCUCACAUUCUGUGUCUAUCCCUCUCUCCCGAUCUUCAUCUCUAUCUCUCUCCCCCGAUCUUCAUUUAGCCGUUGUAAUUGUGUGAACACUUCGAUUCGCAGGGAUUACGUGGAGAGGAAUAACGCGAGGCCUUAAGGUUGAGAAGGAAGAAGCAAAGGAAAUCUUGACCUGUGAUCUAGACUUCUAGGGAUCUCGAUUCUCUCGCACAGGAGCUCAAAGGUAAUCAGAUACGAUGUCAAUGGUUGAUGAGCCACUCUACCCAAUAGCUGUUCUGAUAGAUGAGCUUAAGAAUGAUGACAUUCAACUUAGGUUGAAUUCGAUUCGGAGACUAUCAACAAUCGCACGUGCUCUUGGGGAGGAGCGAACGCGCAAGGAAUUGAUACCAUUUUUGAGCGAAAACAAUGACGAUGACGAUGAGGUGCUUCUCGCGAUGGCGGAAGAGUUGGGUGUGUUUAUUCCUUAUGUUGGCGGAGUGGAGCAUGCACAUGUUUUGCUCCCACCUUUGGAAACCCUUUGCACUGUUGAGGAGACCUGUGUGAGGGACAAAGCUGUUGAGUCAUUGUGCCGAAUUGGAUCUCAAAUGAGGGAGGGUGAUUUGGUUGACUCGUUUAUUCCUCUGGUCAAGAGACUGGCAGCGGGUGAAUGGUUUACGGCUCGAGUAUCUUCUUGUGGACUGUUUCACAUAGCUUACCCUAGCGCCCCAGAGAUGUUAAAGACAGAAUUGCGGUCAAUAUACAGCCAGUUGUGUCAGGAUGACAUGCCUAUGGUGAGGAGGUCUGCUGCAACAAACUUGGGGAAAUUUGCUGCUACUGUUGAACCUGCUCAUCUCAAGUCUGACGUCAUGUCAAUAUUUGAGGAUCUUACGCAGGAUGAUCAAGAUUCUGUUCGCUUGUUAGCUGUUGAGGGAUGUGCUGCUCUUGGCAAGUUGUUGGAGCCUCAGGAUUGUGUUCAACAUAUUCUUCCUGUCAUUGUCAACUUUUCUCAGGACAAGUCUUGGCGUGUCCGCUAUAUGGUUGCAAAUCAAUUGUACGAGCUUUGUGAGGCCGUGGGCCCUGAACCUACCAGGACGGAUUUGGUUCCUGCCUAUGUGCGCUUACUUCGAGAUAACGAAGCUGAAGUACGCAUUGCAGCUGCUGGCAAAGUUACUAAGUUUUGCAGGAUUCUUAGUCCAGAACUUGCUAUUCAGCACAUUCUUCCCUGUGUGAAGGAAUUGUCAUCGGAUUCUUCUCAGCAUGUUCGCUCUGCUUUGGCUUCUGUUAUAAUGGGAAUGGCUCCUGUCCUUGGAAAGGACGCAACUAUUGAGCAGCUUCUGCCAAUAUUCCUUUCCCUCCUGAAGGAUGAAUUUCCUGAUGUGCGCCUCAACAUUAUCAGCAAACUUGAUCAAGUCAAUCAGGUUAUUGGGAUAGAUCUUUUGUCCCAAUCUUUAUUACCUGCCAUUGUUGAGCUUGCCGAGGAUAGGCAUUGGCGGGUUCGGCUUGCGAUAAUAGAGUACAUACCUUUGUUGGCAAGUCAGUUGGGUGUGGGAUUUUUUGACGAUAAACUUGGGGCUCUCUGCAUGCAGUGGUUGCAGGAUAAGGUUUACUCGAUUCGCGAUGCUGCUGCGAACAAUCUGAAGCGCCUUGCGGAAGAAUUUGGUCCAGAAUGGGCAAUGCAGCACAUCAUCCCGCAGGUUUUGGAUAUGAUUACAAAUCCACAUUAUUUGUAUCGGAUGACCAUUCUCCGUGCAGUCUCUCUACUGGCCCCUGUCAUGGGCUCAGAAAUCACUUGUUCAAAGCUGCUACCUGUGAUCACUUCUGCAGCAAAAGACAGAGUCCCCAACAUUAAAUUCAAUGUGGCGAAGGUGUUACAGUCCCUCAUUUCCAUUGUUGACCAAUCCGUUGUGGAGAAGACAAUCCGUCCUAGUUUAGUUGAGCUCGCUGAGGAUCCAGAUGUUGAUGUUCGUUUCUUCGCCAACCAAGCACUCCAGUCAAUUGAUCAUGUCAUGAUGUCAAGCUAAGCAGGUGAAUUUGAGUUGUUAUUCAUCUGGUGGCCUUCAUUUGAAUUAAGAGGACCUCAUGCCUGAAGUGCUAGUGUAUCCUUUCCUUUGUUACACCCUGUGUUCUUUCCCUCGAUGCUUUAAGUGGUAGUAUCAUGUGGCUAACAUAAGACCUUUUUGUGACUGCUGAUGUGCUUUAUUGUUUGUAGAAGUUUGUCAUAUUUUUCUGUGGCUAACACAAGACCUUUUUGUUACUAUUUUUUUGUUACUAUUGAUGUGCUUUAUUUUUGUUG